CAAUGUAUAAUUUGUCUUUACUUUAUUAUAAUGGAGAAGGAACAGAAAAGAAUUUAGAAAAAGCAUUUUAUUGGUGUCAAAAAGCAGCAGAAAAUGGUAAUGAAGAUGCAAUGUUUAAUUUAGCCAAUUGUUAUAAAUAUGGAGAAGGAACAGAAAAGAAUUUAGAAAAAGCCUUUCAUUUGUACCAAAAAGCAGUAGAAUAUGGUAAUGAAGAUGCAAUGUUUAAUUUAGCCAAUUGCUAUAAAUAUGGAGAAGGAACAGAAAAGAAUUUGGAAAAAACCUUUUAUUGGUACCAAAAAGCUGCAGAAAGCAGUAUUGAAGGUGCAAUAUUUGAAAUAGUCAAAUGCUAUGAAAAGGGAAAGGGAACAGAAAAGAAUUUAGAAAAAGCAUUUUAUUGGUGUCAAAAAGCAGCAGAAAAUGAUAAUGAAGUUUUAAUGGAUAGGUUAGCCGGGUAUUAUAAAUAUGGAAAAGGAAUAGAAAAGAAUUUAGAAAAAGCCUUUCAUUGGUAUCAGAAAGCAGCAAAAAAUUAUAAUAAAUUUGCAAUGUUUUAUUUAGCCAUAUGUUAUGAAAAUGGAGAAGGAACAGAAAAGAAUUUAGAAAAAGCCUUUUAUUGGUAUCAAAAAGCAGUAAAAAAUGGUAAUGGAAUUGCAAUGAAUAAUUUAGCCAUUUGUUAUGAAAAUGGAAUAGGAACAAAAAAGGAUUUAGAAAAAGCCUUUGAUUUAUAUCAAAAAGCAGCAGAAAAUGGAGAUAAAGAAGCACAAUUUAAUUUAGGUGUUUGCUAUGAAGUAGGAAUUGGUAUCGAAAAAGAUGAAGUUAAAGCCUCUUAUUGGUAUCAAAAAGCAGCUCAACAAGGAUUUAGAAAUGCACAAUAUAAACCUGAGUUCAUUAAUAAGAUUGACGAGUCUAUUUAUUGCUUUAAAAAAGCAGAAAAGGGAAGUUUAAAUGCAAAUGAAUGGAUUGAAAAAGCUUUGAAUUAUGAAAAAGUUAAAUUCAUAUCUUAUAAUGAACUAAAAAAUGAAGUAUCAUUUGAUACAGGAGGAUUUGGAAGAAUAUCAAAAGCUAUUUGGACUAAAACUAAUAGUUAUGUUAUUUGUAAAAAAUUGGCUAAUGCAACUUAUAUUAAGAAUGAUUUGUUAGAUGCAUUUAUUCAUGAACUAAAAAUGCACCUGCACCUUAAUUAUAGUGAUAGAAUUAUUCGUUAUUUUGGUAUUAGUUUAGACCCAAAAACAAAUGAAUAUCUUCUUAUUAUGCAAUAUGCUAAUGGUGGAGAUCUUCAAAAUCAUCUUAAAAAUAAUUUUAAGAAUUUAACAUGGAAUGACAAGAAAAAAUUAGCAUUUCAAAUUGCAGAUGGAUUAAAUUACUUACAUAAUGAAAAUAUUUUACAUAGAGAUCUUCAUUCUAAGAAUAUAGUUAUUCAUGAAAAUAAUGCUAAAAUUACAGAUUUUGGUAUUUCAAAAAAUCAAAAUAAUCAAUCUUCAACAGCCUAUGUUGGCAAUUUUGGUGUUGUUGCUUAUAUGGAACCAAAACGUUUUAUAGAUCCAAAUUUUCCAUAUGCUGAACCUUCAGAUAUCUAUAGUUUUGGUGUAUUAAUGUGGGAAAUUUCUAGUGGAUAUCCUCCAUUUAAAGAUAAUGACAAUAAAAUUGCACUUGCUGUUUCUAUUAGUAAUGGUGCUCGUGAGGUCACAAUUCCUGGUACACCUAAAGAAUAUGAAAAUCUCUAUAAAAAUUGUUGGAAUCAAGAACCUGAACAAAGAUCAAGUAUUAAUGAAAUAUUGGGUGAAUUUGAAAGAAUGGGUUUUGGAAAUAAUGUUACAAAUAAGUUAUCCGAAGAUAAUGAUAAUUUAACUUUGGAAUUGCAAGCUAGUGCCGAAUCUUUAGAAUAUGUUCAUUCUUCUUCAUAUUUCCACAUUGACUGGAGCAAAGCGUUGAAUAACACUCAAAGCAAUUAGAUUUUCAAAGAAGUUACAAAAAUGUAAAAACAAUUGUGUAUUUCUUUUUUUUAAAAGCUGACAAAUAAAUAGAAUUGAAUAUGCACUUAAUUUAAAAACCACCAAUUAAUUAUGUAAUAUUUCCUAAAUACUAG